GCAAAAAUGAUAAAAGAGAAUCACACUGCAUUAUCUGACUUCAUUUUUGUUGGAUACUCUGACCACCCAGUUCUGCAGAUGUUGCUGUUUGUGGUGUUCCUACUGAUCUACGUGAGCAUCAUAGCUGGAAAUGGACUUAUCAUUUACAUUGUAGUGACUGAUCCUACCCUUGAUACCCCAAUGUAUUUCUUUUUGAAGAGCCUGGCCUUUCUGGAGAUCUUCUACACCUCAGUCACCCUUCCAAAAAUGCUGGUCAAUUUUGUGGCACAAAACAGGACCAUCUCAUUUGUUGGCUGUGCUGCCCAGAUCUACUUCAUAAUUUUCCUUGGAGGCACAGAGUGUUUCCUUCUGGCUGCCAUGGCAUAUGACCGAUAUGUGGCCAUAUGUAACCCUCUGCAUUAUAAACUCAUAAUGCACAAAGAACUCUGUUUAGGACUUGUUACAGGGUCAUUGACCAUCAACAUGCCUGUCCAUAUAGGACAGACAUACCUACUGUUUACCUUGCCCUAUUGUGGCACUCGUGAAAUUAACAACUUCUUCUGUGAUAUCCCACCUGUGCUGGAGUUGGCCUGUGCAGAUACCUUUGCAAGUGAAGUUUACCUGGUUGCAGUCACUGCUCUUAUCCUAAUCCUCCCCUUUUGCCUUAUCUGUGCCUCUUAUGUCAAAAUCAUCUCUGUAAUUCUGAAGAUGCCAUCUGUUGAGGGUCAGAAGAAAGUGUUUGCCACAUGCUCCUCACACCUUAUUGUGGUAUCUCUCUUCUAUGGCUCAGCAACUAUUGUCUAUGCAAGUCCCAGGUCAAAAGAGACAUUGAUUGUGAACAAGCUGCUUUCUUUGUUCUACACCAUUUUGAUUCCUAUGUUUAACCCCAUCAUCUAUAGUCUGAGAAAUAGAGAAGUGAAGGUUUCCUUGAAAAAAAUGUUUAGAAAGUGUCAGCCUGGUUAUAUCUCACAGGGUUGUUGA